AUGAAAAAAGCAAUUAAGCGGAAGGUUAUAUUAGUUAGCCUUCCUUUUUUGUUGCUUUUAUUGCCAAUAUUAGCUUUCUUUUCAUUAUUUGUUGGUUCAAAUUCUUCUUCAGAUACAGAUAUUAAUACCAAUACACCACAGCAACAAACUGCAAAAGUGAUUUGGGAUAGAGUUCUAAAAGAAGGUGGAACAAAAGAAGGGGCUGCUGCUUUACUUGGUAAUAAUCAAGCAGAAAGUGAACUUCAACCUUCAAUUAUUCAAUCUAAUGCAACUUAUAAUGAAGCAAAAGCAAUGGAUACCACUUUAGGCGGUUAUGCUUUCGGCUUGGCUCAAUGGGAUAGUGGCAGGCGAGUAAACUUACUUAACUAUGCGAAAAGUCAGAAAAAAUCUUGGACAGGUACUAAUCUUCAAGUUGAGUUCAUGUUUGAGCAAGACGGUACAGAUUCAACGUUACUUAAACAAUUAGUCAAAGGAACUAAUGUUAAGCAAACGACUGAAGAUAUUAUGCGAAAGUGGGAACGUGCAGGGGCGGUUGAUAGCCUUUCAAAACGUCAAGGUUUUGCGGAAUAUUGGUACACGUUCAUGACGACUGGUGGUGAUAGUGGAACUGGUGGCGGUUCAGGAAUUACUCCAGAUAUACCUUCAGGUUGGACUUUGGAUAAGCCCAUUGAUACAAGUGGUUAUCUUGCGACAAGUUAUGAGUAUAAACAAUGUACGUGGUUUACAUGGAAUCGAGCCAAAGAUUUCGGCAUUACUUUUGGAAUGUAUAUGGGAAAUGGUGCUGACUGGCAACAUCAAGCAGGAUAUACUGUAACGACAUCUCCAACACUUCAUAGUGCGGUUAGUUUUAGUGGCGGUCAAACGGUAGGUGGUCAAUGGAACGCAGACCCUGUUUACGGUCACGUGGCUUUUGUAGAAGGAAUACAUUCAGACGGUUCAGUCUUAAUUUCACAAUCAGGAACUGGUUUUAGCACAGUAUAUACUUUCCAAGUUUUAACAAAAGCACAAGCCAGUCAAUUGCAUUAUGUGAUUGGAAAAUAA